UCUCCCCUCAGGAAAGUGAAUCUGGGUUAGUGACGACACUUCCCCCUCUCCUUGGUUUUAUUGCCCAAAGUUUUUUUUUUCCUCCCCCAAUAGGGCGCAGUGAAGUUUUCUGUUUUUCAAACCGAGUGCGAAAAGCGACCAUGUCUCCGCCGUCUCGCCGGCUUCAGACGAAGCCCGUGAUUACCUGCCUCAAGACUUUCCUCAUCUCGUACAGUCUCAUAUUUUGGUUCACAGGAGUGAUCCUGCUGGCCGUCGGGGUGUGGGGGAAGGUGAGCCUGGAGGCCUAUUUCUCCCUGGUUUCUGACAAGAGCACCAACGCGCCAUAUGUCCUCAUUGGGACGGGAGCCACCAUCGUUAUUUUCGGACUGUUUGGCUGCUUCGCGACAUGCCGCGGAAGCCCAUGGAUGCUCAAACUGUAUGCGAUGUUCCUGACCUUGGUGUUCCUAGCUGAGCUUGUGGCUGGCAUCUCAGGCUUCCUCUUCAGGCAUGAGAUCAAGGCCAUAUUAGCGGACGCUUAUUCAAAUGCUGUGAAGAACUACAACACCACCAACAGCCAAAGCGCCGCAGUGGACACCAUUCAAAGGACUUUGCAAUGCUGUGGAGUGAAUAAUUACACCGACUGGGAGUCAACAAGCUACUUUAAAGACAACGGCAUUCCUGCCAGCUGCUGUAAAGACAACACUAAGUGCUCACCAGAGACCCUCAAAGACCCUGAGAAGUUCAAGCCGGAGGUGUAUGAUAAAGGCUGCUUCACAUUUGUGACUAAUACGAUGGAGGGCAACCUGGGGAUCAUAGCCGGGAUCUCCUUUGGCAUCGCGUUCUUCCAGGUCAUUGGAGUAUUCCUGGCCUGUUGCUUGUCUCGAUACAUCACCAACAACCAGUAUGAGAUGGUCUAGCAGUAUCCUUCCACAGGUUACUGAUGGGCAGCUCUCGAUGCAAACUGACGUAAUGGAAUCUGUCAUAAUUUUAAUAUUGUAUGUGUGUUAGUUAAUAUCAUUUUUAGUGGGGGAACUUGCUGCUUCUUUUAUUGGAUUACACUAACAUGGCAACUAAGCAGAAGGGAAUAUGUCAGAGGAAAUCAUAAGGGACAGUAUUCACAGUGUAGUUUGUCAAAAUAAGAAAAAAAAUGAAGAAAAAAAAAAGUCACCUGUAUUUUUGUAGUUCACUGCUGUUGCUCCUGGGGUUUAAUUAGGGAUUUCCAUGAAGCCUAGAUGUUGUUACUUUUUUAUUUGAGUUGAUUGUUAACUCUCCCCAUGUGUUAACAUUUCUAACUCUCUAAAAAAAAAGUGUCUUUAGAUGUUGUGGCUGCUUUAUUCUGUAAUUUUGCCAAAUUCUAUAGCUAAAGAUGAGGAAAACAGAAAGAAUAAGCUGAUAAAAGUUCAAACUCUGUGACAUUCAGUGAAUUUCUGUGUUUGUGAAUACCAUAAAUAGCCUGAGAAAUAGACAAGAAGUAGCUACUCUGAAAUUGAAUAUGUGUGAUUUGCAAUAAGGAAUUGGCUGUUGGAUGGAAAACGGCGCUGGCCUGAUUGGCGGUGUGGGCACGGCCUUGGCCAACCUCUUGGAAACCUGCGCUUAAACAUGGCAAUUAUCAUAGCCUAAUUGUUCUCAUAUUGCAGUUUGUCAGUGUUAAAAUUGUUUUUCAUUUGUGGAUGCAUGUGAAAUACUUGAAAAAUAAAGAUGAAAUCCAGUAUCUUUA